AUGAGGAUAACUGACGACCAAACUAAAUUCUACCACGUCCUUGCAACGCUGGAUAGACAGUACGCAGCCGAAGUAGAGGAUAUUCUCACCGGUCCAGCUGACUACGCGCGCCUGAAGUCCGAGCUGAUUAAGCGUUUGUCUGUGUCGCGCGAAAAUAAGGUGAAGCAGCUACUGAUGCACGAGCAGCUUGGCACACGCAAGCCGUCGCAAUUUCUCCGGCACCUGCAACAUCUCGCUGGACCAGCCAUACCUGACGACUUUUUGAAGACGAUCUGGACUAGCAGGUUACCCACGGGAUUGCAGCCGAUCAUCGCCUCGCAACCCUCGCUGUCGCUGGACGCUCUCGCGGAACUAGCCGAUCGUGUGCACGACAUAGCGACUCCGACACAGCAAGUAGCCGCCACGUCUUCGUCAGCACCGUCAUCAUCAAUCGAUCUCCUAACACAGCAGGUGGCGCAGUUGACAAAGCAGGUCAGCGCGCUCCAGAUGCAAAUGAGCCGACAGCCGCGUCAACGGGAGCGAGGCCAUUGA